GAGGGAGAGAGAGGAGUCCCCAUCCCCACAGACCCACAGAGAGGCGCUGGCUCCCCGCCUGUGCCCCACACUGCACUCAGGACGCUUCCCCAGAGAAUCGCUCGCACGGUGACUAUUGCAGACCAUGAGACAGGUGAAAGCUGACCCCAUCCUCAACGGGAAGUCAGAGGAUGUCCCGGACACUGAGGCGUCCAAUGCCGCACUGGUGAGUGCCCAACAGCGGGUCCGGGAGCGCGGCCACUGGAACAACAAAGUGGAGUUUGUGCUGUCAGUGGCCGGAGAGAUCAUCGGCCUCGGCAACGUGUGGCGGUUCCCCUAUCUGUGCUACAAGAACGGCGGAGGUGCCUUCCUGAUCCCCUAUGUGAUAUUCUUUGUGUGCUGUGGGAUCCCUGUGUUUUUGCUGGAGACGGCGCUGGGGCAGUUCACCAGCCAGGGUGGCAUCACCUGCUGGAGGCAGAUCUGCCCACUGUUUGAAGGCAUUGGCUACGCCACUCAGGUCAUUGAGGCUCACGUGAACAUCUAUUAUAUCAUAGUCCUGGCCUGGGCCAUCUUCUAUCUACUGAACUCCUUUACCAGCGAGCUGCCCUGGGCCAGCUGUGAUCACCAUUGGAAUACAAAGAACUGUGUGGAGUUUCAGAAGCUGAACAUCACCAACUGUACCCAAGACAACACCCGCAAUGGGACCUCGUCUGUCAUUGAGUUUUGGGAACGGAGAGUGCUGGGAUUAUCGAGUGGAAUAGAGAAGAUCGGGAAUGUGCGGUGGGAACUAGCCCUGUGUCUGCUGGCUGCCUGGAUCAUUUGCUACUUUUGCAUAUGGAAAGGGCCCAAGUCCACUGGCAAGGUGGUGUAUGUAACGGCCACCUUCCCCUACCUGAUGCUGCUGGUUCUGUUGAUUCGUGGUGUCACACUCCCGGGAGCAUCCGAAGGCAUCAAGUUUUACCUUUACCCGGACAUGAGUCGUCUGUCUGAACCUCAGGUUUGGGUGGACGCUGGGACACAGAUCUUCUUUUCCUACGCUAUCUGCCUGGGCUGCCUGACUGCACUGGGUAGCUACAACCCCUAUCACAACAACUGCUACAGGGACUGUAUCAUGCUUUGCUGCUUGAACAGCGGCACCAGUUUUGUGGCCGGUUUUGCCAUAUUCUCCGUGUUGGGGUUUAUGGCGUACGAGCAGGGAGUGCCCAUCGCAGAGGUGGCCGAGUCAGGUCCUGGGCUGACGUUUAUCGCCUACCCAAAGGCAGUGACCAUGAUGCCGCUCUCCCCGCUCUGGGCCAUUCUCUUCUUCCUCAUGCUCAUAUUCUUGGGGCUCGACAGUCAGUUUGUGUGUAUGGAGAGCAUGGUGACGGCUGUCAUUGACAUGUACCCCCACAUCUUCCGCAAGGGUUACCGACGUGAACAGCUCAUCUGUAUCAUUGCCAUUAUCUCCUAUUUGAUAGGCCUCUUCAUGGUGACGGAGGGGGGGAUGUACGUGUUCCAGCUGUUCGAUGCCUACGCCUCCAGUGGGAUGUGUCUGCUCUUUGUGGCCAUCUUUGAGUGUAUCUGUAUUGGCUGGUUUUACGGGAGCAAUCGUUUCUAUGACAACAUUGAAGAUAUGAUCGGAUACCGACCGUUUAUCCUGAUUAAAUGGUGCUGGAUGUUCAUCACUCCCGGGAUUUGUGGUGGAAUCUUCAUUUUCUUCAUUGUGAGAUACAAACCGCUCAAAUAUAACAACGUUUACACAUACCCAACCUGGGGCCACGGCCUGGGUUGGCUCCUCGCCCUCUCCUCCAUGCUCUGUAUCCCCUUCGGCAUCCUCUACAAACUCAGCCAGGUCGACGGCACCUUGUCACAGAGGUUCAGGAAGCUGACCACACCAAGCCCUGAGCUGCAGAUGAGAGGGAAGAGCUCCCUGGUCACAGCCAAUGACUACGAAACCAAGCACCGAGGGGAUGGCUAUGUGUCGACCAUCACAGAGAAAGAGACGCACUUCUAACCGGCCAGACCUACCCAGCCAGGUGUUCUGUAAAAUAUA